AUGAAGAAGCUGCUGGGGCUAAGAGAAGAGGCAAGGAGGUUGUUUUCUCCUGGUACUAUCUGGUACCACAUUAAAGGAAGAUGGAUUUGGGACGACAUUAGCGUCAGCAGGGAGAAGGUUAAUUGGCACAGAAUCGUUUGGUUCCCUGUUCAUAUACCCAAGUUCUCCCUUAUCUCGUGGAUGGUCUUCCUCAACAGAUUUCCUACUAAGGAUAGGCUGGCUCGAUUUGGUUUGAUUACGGAAACUGAUUGUGUUGUGUGUGGAUCUGGUCUAGAAUCCCGUGACCAUCUCUUUACAGGUUAUUUCUUUGCUAAGGAAGUCUGGAGGACUAUCUUAGCUUCAUGUGGGAUUCGUUAUGACAUGCAAAGCUGGGAUGAAUGUCUUAGCUGGUUGGUUGUGAACUUGAAAGGUAAAUCCCUCCGAGUGCAAAUUCUCAAGCUUGCUUGGACUGGUUUCCUGUACUACAUUUGGGAAGAGCGUAACCAUAGGUGUUUUAGGGGACAUUCUCGUUCAGCUGGCACAGUUGUAUAUAGGAUUAAAGAGGCUGUAAAGAUCAAGUUGUAUAGGAAUUGUAUACAUAGAAUUGAUGAUGCUAAUAGGUUUAUGUUCACUAACUGGGGUCUGAUCUAG